CACUGUCUUCAUUUUCUGGCUUUGGAGUAGGAAUGUUGAUGUUGCCCGGGGAGUAAACAUGGGACUUCGGCUUCCCACGGACUUACUGCCUCUAUCUGGCAUCUUACCACGGAGCCCAGCCUCCUGGGGGCCGAGCCCACGGUGCCCUCAGUUGGCCAGGCGGCCUGCCGGCUGCAGGGGCGCGUGCACCUGGGCCCUGUGAGUGCCGGGCAGGCCCCUGCCCAGGUGGGGAGAGGGGCAGUGGGAGUGUGGCUUUGCCUCUGCUGAGGAGCCAUUAAAGGAGUGGAGCAGAGAUUGAAUUACUGACUUCCUUCCUGCCAGUGGCUCCUGGGGAAAGGACUCUUGGAAAUACAAUCUAGCCGAGAGCAAAUUAAGGUUGCUAAUAGCAUCCCGGCCUCACAGCUGCUGGGGGAGCCCAGCCGAGAAGGCUCAGGGCCGGAGCGGCCCCCGCAGAAGGAAGGAGGCUGCUGAGCUUGCACCUCCCCAGUGCCUCUCUCUCCUUAAGGAGCGGCUGGGGCUCCCUGACCCCUGGCUUCCGAACCUGAGAGGUUUGGUGGCGCGUGGGGGCCGGGAGGGCUGUGAGGGCAUGAAGGGGAGAUCACUGAAGGGUGGGAAUGCUCUGAGGUGCUGUCGGGUUGGGUGUGGGGGCUUUCCCGCAGGCAGAAGGCUGUCCAGAACAACCCGUACCCGCCUGCCUUCCUGUAGGGAGAACAGGACACCGUCGGCGUUUUGGGCCAGGUCUCUCCCCCGCCGCCUCGUCCUUUCUGGGUGUUCACUGUGCUUUGGGUCCCGCCUUCCUCCUGCCUUCCUCUGGGCGUGUGCCUCCCACUUUGUGAGAGCCCCGGGUCUGCCGGCUUCCUGGAAUCUCCUGGAGCCUCCUGGCUUGUCAGAGAGGAGGGGUUGGGGGACUAUUGGGGGCUGUGCCUUUUUUGGACUCAGCAGGGAUUAUUUUUAGGCUGGCAGAUGGAGGUGGCGGUGGCUGUCGCUGGUAUUAUUAGACAACAGGCCUGUGGUUUGGAAGUCUGGUGCCCAGAGGAGGAGGAGGAGGAGGAGGCGGCUGCAAUAAGGACUUGUACUAAUGAGCAACGGAUGCUGGUGCUCACUCCGUUCCCCGCCUCCCCAGCCACCAGCCAGACCCAGCUAGGGGUCUCAGAGUCUCAGGCAGAAGGCCAGGCUCCUCAGAGCUGGUCAGAGCCCACCGGGCCGCCUUCUGAGACAGGCCCACCCUGUGGUCCUAGGCUUCAGGGUCUGGGCUGGCAAAACCUGUCCCAAGUGUGGGGUUGGAGUUGCCGACCUCUGGCUCAGGCCCUAAGAAAGGGAAAAGUGAGGGACAGUGGGUGAAAGGCCUUGAUCCUGGCGCCUGGGUUGGGCCAGGAUGACCUCUGCCCCACCUGCUUUCUGAGAAGGAUAGGGACACCAUCCGUGCCUCGGGCACAGCUGGAACCGAGUAACUUUGGGUGAGCGGCGCAACUCCCCGUUUGCUCAUUUUUCAAUGGGAGACAGCGGUGCGUGAGUCAGGAGGCCAUUGUGGGCAGGGACUGAGAUUCCCUGCGUUCCCAGCACAGAGCCUAGGGUGCAGCAGGCAUUCACAGCACGCGAGGCUUGCAUGCCAGCUGAUGCUCGCCCGGCCCUGCUCCUCACACCUUGCCCUGCACACCUUCCUCCAUAUUUAGAGCAGUCCUGCUUUCAGGUACCCUCCUUCCCCAGCCCUUCCCCGGCGGAGGAGCUCCAGGUUGUGAGUGCUAGACAUGGGCUGUGCCAGGCCCUGGAUGCCUCAUGGUUCUGCACAGGGGUCCAACGGCAGCCCUGGACUCAGCCACCCACUGGGUACCACCUGGCCCAGAGAGCAGGAGAUUUGUACCCUGUGGGCUUCCCAAAAGGUCAGCCAGACCUCUGGGGGCUGCCUUAUCUUUCCUUGCCCUCCUACUUUCUCUUCCCCGCCAUAACUGCUCCAAAGGGAGCUGGACACACCCCCAAGAUACAGAUUUACUAGGUUCUGGGCACCGCUAUUUCUGGCCUUCUCUAAAGAGAGCUAUGGUACCGCAUGGGUGCCUUUCCCUGUGCCCACUCCUGACAAUGCCGGUUUUCCCCCUUUGAGGGGGGAGCCUGGCCCCUCUGGGCUGCUGUGAUGGAGAGGGGCUCAGCACACUCCACCCUCCCCUUCCUCUCAUCCUCCUUUUCCUCCCCUUCCUCCCCACUCCCUUCAGGAGCCAGCCCCUCCCCCUUCCAGUCUCCAUCUGCCCCCACCCAGGCUCUGGGGUGUUCUGACAGUCUGUGUCUGUGUCCAGCUGGCCUGAACUCACCCUCCCAGGGCUGGGCUCCACACCCGGCCCCUCCUCUGCUCUCCUCUUUGCUCUCCACUUUGCACCUCUUUCGCUCCUGGAUGUAGGUUUGGUUUCCCCCUGUAUUUGGGUUUCUCUAUCUAUCCUCCAUCUUCCCUCUUUACUGCCAGCCUGAUUACUUUUUUUCACAUUGAGCUUUUCUGGAGAGAGUGUGUUAUUAGACAUACUUUGGCUCAGAAAUGAUCAGGCUUAGGGAGAAGUGCUUGUGGGUGAUGGAGUGAGAGAACAUGCCGUGCGUGUGUGUGUGUGUGUGUGUAUGCGCAUGUGUGUGUGAAGGAGAUGACAGAAAACCAAUAAAUAUUCUAGGAUCCAGAAAAGCAAGAGGGCUUGGAGCGAGGGUGGAGGCCAGGACAUGGGCGCCCACACCACUGCUUUAUUCUGGGGAAGCUCCCUCUCAUUUUGUCUUGCUUAUCCUCUUUGGGAUGUGUCCUCUCUGCAGCUGCCUCUCCCUGGUUGAAAGGGUCUUUGGGAAGAGAUGCUGGGAGGGGACGGCCUGCCUUGGAGGUAGGCCUUGGGUUGGGUGCUCAGCGCUUAGCCCAGGGGCUGGCUGGGGCUGGGGUGGAAUCCCAGCGCUGGGGAAGAUUUGAAGAGCCUGCCUCGUUGCUGUGCAGUGAAAAUGAGGCUGGCUCGGUGCAAAUGAGCAGCCUCACAGCGGGAACCCACGUCAAAGCCAACCCACCUCCUGGCGUUGCCCGCUAGAGCCCUCCACCUGGAAGCCAGCUCACCAGAGCAAACUCCACUGUUGGAGGUGCCUGCUGUCCCCCUAGGCCUCUGUUCCUCCUGCCUGGGCCAUAGGGCCAAAGCCCUGGGAAGGAACCACCUUCUGUUGCCCACUCUGCCCUCCUCCAGGUAACCUGGCACCUGGGAAUAACUCCCUCCUCUUCCCCUAGGCUCCUGUAGUUUCUUAUCUCCUCACAGGUGUGUGCUGUAGACACACACACACACACACACACACACACACACCUUCUCUGCAAACUCAUGGCACCCAUUAUUCACCCAUUCCUCUUGGUCCAGCAUCCGCCUUUGUGAUCCUGGCUGCUGGGAGGCAGGCUCUCCUGCUGAGGGCCCCUGGGGCUGUGGGGGAGGCGAGGCUGCAGCUGGGCACUCUCCCUGCUUUCCCUGAGGGGCUGGGUUGCAAACUUAGCCUGAAGCAAGGUUGGGGGUGGGGGAAUUGGGAAACAUGCUGGGGCCUCAGGCAGGUGAGUGCAAUGCUCUGCUCUGCUCCAAAAAUACUCUGUGAUCUUAGCUCUUUCUCUAGAAAACAGUGAUGUCACCGGGAGCCAAUCAGCUUCUGGAAGGGCUUGCCUCCUCCCUCUUCCGCAACUUGCAGGGGAGGGGGAGGGGGAGAACAAGACACACAGAGAUGACAUACAGACAGACACGGAGAGCCACAGACACAGAAGUACAUACAUGCAGAGAUGGAGCCCUUGCAUACAGAGAAGCAGGCAGAACCCCUCCCCUUGCAUGAGCCAACCGAAACACAGACACACACACACACACACACACACACACACACACACGCUGGUAGACAGAAACAGGGAGAGAGAUAGGCAGGUAGACACAGUCACCCACACAGAGCAAGAGCUAGAGAGAAAGAGACAGAGGGAGACACAGAAAGACAUGGAGAAGGAGCAGGAGCCAGAGAGAGAUGGACAGAUAGACACACGCAGAGAUGGAGCCCGCAGGACAGAUAGGCAGACAGACAGACAGACAGAGCCAGAGACAGACACACAGAGGAGCCGGCAAGGCAGACAGACAGACAGAGAUCCAGAGAAGGAGCUAGAGAGAGAGAGACAGACAGACACACAGAGGAGCCAGUAAGACAGACAAACAGAGAUCCAGAGAUGCGAGAGAGAGAGAGAGAGAGAGAGAGGGAACAAACACAGAGGAGCCCAGCAUGUGUGUGUGCGUGCACAGACACAGAGAGGUGGCCAGACACAGACAUGAAGGGAUAAGAGACAGCGAGGUGCACACAGGGGUCCGAGAUGCAGAGAGAGUCAGACCGAGGCACCGGAAUGGGGAAUGGCAGGAGCUGGUGCUGCCCUCCUCUGGGCAUCCUCCCCUGCGGGAGUCCCCAGCUGGCUCUCUGUCUUUAAGCUGCCGCUUUGGUACUGCAGCUGCUGUCCUAGGUGCUGCCCUGGAGAGUCGGGUGCCCGGCCUGGGACCAGAAGGGUCUGGGGCUGGGGAAAGCUGUGGGCAACUGGCAGUAGGGGGUAGUACCAGGGAAUGAAGGGGGUGAGGCUUCCCCUCAGCUAUCCUUUUCCCUGGGACGUUACUGGACAAGGUGACCUUGUGGCCUCCCUGGCCCUGCCUGGCAGUGGAGCCUGGCGUGGGAGGAGGGCUGCAUGCCUUCUUUGGGCCCAGGAGUGGUGCUGCGGCGCUUGGGGUGCGUGGCUCUUCCUCUCUGCGGCGUCCUCUAGCUUGCGGUGGGGUGGAGGCAGGGGUUGUCCUCCUGCCUGCUGCCUUGCUCGCCCUCUCUGCUGCCAGCCAGGGUGGGUGUUCCCUAUCCCACCGUCUGAUUUCGUUUUCCUCUGCCCAACGUGGGGACAGCCCUGGGAUCUCCCUCCUCUGUCGCCAGCAUCCUGCUCUCCUAAUGGUGAUGUCUGGGGCUUGGGCCCCUCCCACUCCCCCCUCUGCGGCAGGGCUGGCAGAACUGUGCUGGGAGGAGGGGCUGGAGAGGCCGGCUCAGCCUGCGGGGUUUCCCUCUGGUGUUGCCACGAGCAGCCUCGGCUGAGCUUGUUAGGGAUUUCCCUGCUCCUGCAUGGAGUACCCUUGUUUUGUGCCGUGCACAUCGGGCUGAGCUGGGGGUGGGGUGGAGGAGGAAGGCUGGCUCUGUCAUUUCCCACCAGGCUGUAGUGGCAGGCGUCCUGGAGCAGAAAGAAUGUUCCCUGUGCACGAGCGGCCACAACUGGGCAGUGCCGUGGGCCUCCAGAGGGGGCUGGGCCCCUCACCUCCAUGUCCUGGACUCCCUGUAAUUCUUGGGGCAGGAUGCCAGCAGGGGGUGGGGCCGGAUGACGCCUGCGGCUCUUCGAGACUGGGGAGGGAAGAGCUGGCGUGUAGGGCUGAAGAGAAUGGCUUCCCUCUCUUUUCCUCUCCCUUCCUUUCCCCCAAGUUGUGGAUGCUUGGGGGCCCCAGGACAGAGGGAGGCGCCCACGGCCUGCGAGAGGAGCCCGAGUUUGUGACGGCAAGAGCUGGGGAGAGCGUGGUCCUACGAUGCGACGUGAUCCACCCAGUGACGGGACAGCCCCCACCCUAUGUCGUAGAGUGGUUCAAGUUCGGGGUCCCCAUCCCUAUCUUCAUCAAGUUUGGCUACUACCCCCCGCACGUGGACCCUGAGUAUGCAGGCCGGGCCAGUCUUCAUGAUAAGGCAUCUCUGCGGCUGGAACAAGUUCGCUCUGAGGACCAGGGCUGGUACGAGUGCAAAGUGCUCAUGCUGGACCAGCAGUAUGACACCUUCCACAACGGCAGCUGGGUCCACCUCACCGUCAACGCCCCUCCCACCUUUACAGAAACACCCCCCCAGUACAUCGAGGCCAAGGAGGGUAGUAGUAUCACCAUGACCUGCACAGCUUUUGGGAACCCCAAGCCCAUUGUCACCUGGCUCAAGGAGGGGACGCUCCUCGGUGCUAGUGGGAAAUACCAGGUGAGUGACGGCAGCCUGACAGUGACAUCGGUCAGUCGGGAGGACAGAGGUGCCUACACCUGCCGAGCGUACAGCAUUCAGGGGGAGGCUGUCCACACGACCCACCUGCUUGUCCAAGGGCCCCCUUUCAUCGUCUCCCCUCCUGAGAACAUCACCGUCAACAUCUCCCAGGAUGCUCUGCUCACCUGCCGGGCAGAGGCGUAUCCGGGCAACCUCACCUACACCUGGUACUGGCAGGACGAGAACGUCUACUUUCAGAACGACCUGAAGCUGAGGGUGCGCAUCCUAAUCGAUGGGACCCUGAUCAUCUUCCGGGUGAAGCCGGAGGACUCGGGGAAGUACACCUGUGUGCCCAGCAACAGCCUGGGGCGCUCCCCCUCCGCCUCGGCGUACCUGACCGUGCAGUACCCAGCCCGUGUCCUCAACAUGCCCCCUGUAAUUUACGUGCCCGUGGGGAUCCAUGGCUACAUCCGCUGCCCUGUGGACGCAGAACCACCGGCCACCGUGGUCAAGUGGAACAAGGACGGCCGUCCCCUGCAGGUUGAGAAGAACCUGGGUUGGACCCUGAUGGAGGAUGGCUCCAUUCGAAUUGAGGAGGCCACAGAGGAGGCUCUUGGCACUUACACCUGUGUGCCUUACAACACCCUGGGGACCAUGGGCCAGUCUGCCCCUGCGAGGCUUGUCCUGAAGGACCCCCCCUAUUUCACGGUGCUACCAGGCUGGGAGUACAGGCAGGAGGCCGGCCGGGAGCUGCUUAUCCCCUGUGCUGCUGCAGGGGACCCCUUUCCUGUCAUCACGUGGAGAAAGGUAGGGAAGCCCAGCAGAAGCAAGCACAGUGCCCUGCCCAGUGGGAGCCUGCAGUUCCGUGCCCUGAGUAAGGAGGACCACGGGGAGUGGGAAUGUGUCGCCACCAACGUGGUCACGAGCAUCACUGCCAGCACCCACCUCACCGUCAUCGGCACCAGCCCCCAUGCCCCGGGCAGUGUCCGGGUCCAGGUCUCCAUGACAACUGCCAACGUGUCCUGGGAACCAGCCUAUGAUGGAGGCUACGAGCAGACAUUCUCAGUUUGGUACGGACCUCUGAUGAAGCGGGCACAGUUUGGGCCCCAUGACUGGCUGUCCUUGCCAGUGCCGCCAGGACCCAGCUGGCUGCUGGUGGACACCCUGGAGCCUGAGACAGCGUACCAGUUCAGCGUCCUGGCCCAGAACAAGCUGGGAACCAGCGCCUUCAGUGAGGUGGUCACUGUGAACACUUUAGCAUUCCCUAUUACAACUCCAGAACCCCUGGUGCUGGUCACCCCACCGAGGUGCCUCAUAGCCAAUCGGACUCAGCAGGGUGUGCUCCUGUCCUGGCUUCCGCCUGCCAACCACAGCUUUCCCAUCGACCGCUACAUCAUGGAGUUCCGUGUCGCAGAGCGCUGGGAGUUGCUUGACGAUGGCAUCCCCGGCACCGAAGGAGAGUUCUUUGCCAAGGAUCUGUCACAGGACACGUGGUACGAGUUCCGGGUUCUGGCCGUCAUGCAGGAUCUGAUCAGCGAGCCCAGCAACAUCGCCGGCGUCUCCAGCACAGACAUCUUCCCGCAGCCGGACCUGACCGAGGACGGGCUGGCGCGGCCUGUGCUGGCGGGAAUCGUAGCUACCAUCUGCUUCUUGGCAGCUGCCAUCCUGUUCAGCACCCUGGCUGCCUGCUUUGUCAACAAGCAGCGCAAGCGUAAGCUCAAGCGCAAAAAAGACCCUCCACUCUCCAUCACCCACUGCAGGAAGAGCCUGGAGUCUCCCUUGUCCUCUGGCAAGGUGAGCCCCGAGAGCAUCCGCACGCUCCGAGCGCCAUCAGAAUCCUCCGACGACCAGGGCCAGCCCGCGGCCAAGAGGAUGCUGAGCCCCACCCGCGAGAAGGAGCUGUCGCUGUACAAGAAGACCAAGCGGGCCAUCAGCAGCAAGAAGUACAGCGUGGCCAAGGCAGAGGCCGAGGCAGAGGCCACCACGCCCAUCGAGCUCAUCAGCAGAGGCCCUGACGGCCGCUUCGUGAUGGACCCUGCCGAGAUGGAGCCCUCGCUGAAGAGCAGGCGCAUCGAGGGCUUCCCCUUCGCCGAGGAGACGGACAUGUACCCCGAGUUCCGCCAGUCGGACGAGGAGAACGAGGACCCACUGGUGCCCACAUCUGUGGCCGCCCUGAAGUCCCAGCUCACCCCUCUGUCAUCCAGCCAGGAGUCCUACCUGCCACCACCAGCAUACAGCCCUCGGUUCCAGCCCCGCGGGCUGGAGGGCCCCGGUGGCCUGGAAGGUCGGCUUCAGGCCACAGGCCAGGCCCGGCCCCCUGCCCCCCGGCCCUUCCACCAUGGCCAGUAUUAUGGGUACCUCAGCAGCAGCAGCCCUGGGGAGGUGGAGCCGCCCCCGUUCUACGUGCCAGAAGUGGGCAGCCCCCUGAGCUCCGUCAUGUCGUCCCCGCCCCUGCCCACCGAGGGGCCCUUUGGCCACCCCACCAUCCCCGAGGAGAAUGGAGAGAAUGCAUCCAACAGCACGCUGCCCUUGACUCAGACACCUACAGGAGGGCGCUCCCCUGAGCCCUGGGGCCGGCCAGAAUUCCCCUUCGGGGGGCUGGAGACCCCAGCGAUGAUGUUCCCCCACCAGCUGCCACCCUGUGAUGUGCCCGAGAGUCUGCAGCCCAAGGCCGGCCUCCCCCGAGGACUGCCCCCCACCUCCCUGCAGGUGCCCGCGGCCUACCCGGGCAUCCUGUCUCUGGAGGCACCGAAGGGUUGGGCAGGCAAGUCGCCCGGCAGGGGCCCUGUCCCAGCGCCCCCCGCCGCCAAGUGGCAGGACAGACCUAUGCAACCUCUGGUAAGCCAAGGGCAGCUGCGACAUACAAGCCAAGGCAUGGGCAUACCUGUGCUGCCUUACCCCGAGCCGGCUGAGCCGGGGGCGCACGGCGGCCCCAGCACAUUUGGCCUGGACACCCGGUGGUAUGAGCCCCAGCCCCGGCCCCGGCCUAGCCCUCGGCAGGCCAGGCGCGCCGAGCCCAGUUUACAUCAAGUGGUGCUACAGCCCUCCCGGCUCUCACCUCUGACCCAAAGCCCCCUCAGCUCCCGCACUGGCUCCCCUGAGCUCGCCGCCCGUGCCCGGCCUCGCCCGGGCCUCCUGCAGCAGGCAGAGAUGUCAGAGAUCACCCUGCAGCCGCCGGCUGCAGUCAGCUUUUCUCGAAAGUCUACGCCGUCCACAGGCUCCCCCUCCCAGAGCAGCCGCAGUGGGAGUCCCAGCUACCGGCCCGCCAUGGGCUUCACCACUCUGGCCACCGGCUACCCUUCCCCUCCACCCGGCCCCGCCCCUGCUGGGCCUGGGGACAGCUUGGACGUGUUUGGACAGACGCCCUCCCCUCGAAGGACGGGGGAGGAAUUGCUCCGACCAGAGCCCCCACCACCCACGUUACCUACUUCAGGAACACUUCCACCUGCACCCGGGAACGCUGCUGCACCUGAGAGGCUGGAGGCUCUGAAAUACCAACGGAUAAAGAAGCCCAAAAAGUCAUCCAAGGGCUCUUCGAAGUCAAAGAAACGAUCCGACGAUUCUGCCUCCCAGACUCAGCAGCUUCCCAACUCUCAGGUUCUGUGGCCCGAUGAAGCUGUCUGCCUCCGAAAGAAGAAGAGACAUUCUCGUCCUGACCCCUUUGCCCGGCUCUCAGACUUGUGCCACCGCCAGCUUCCGGAAGACCAGACAGCGAUUCUCAACAGUGUGGACCACGAUGACCCAGGACAUGCCACUUUGCUGUGACUCCACCCCACUCUAGGUGUCCCCGGGGCGAGGUUGCUGGGCUCAGGCAGGGAGGGCCACUGUGUGGGGGUGUGUCCUCCUCCGUCUGCCAAGGGUGGCCCAGACCUUUGUCCUGCAUGCCCCCUCUUUUGCCAGAGCGGGUGUCUCCCUCCAGAUCCUGGCCGCCUGUCUUCAGGACGGAGGGUGGGCACACCUUCCACCUGUGGGUCGAGGUCAGGAAGUGGAUUGGAGACUGGGCAACACCUGUCUCCUCCCCUCCGCCCCCUGCUUCACUAGGUUGAUUUUUCUCAUCUCUUCCAAUGUCUUUGGAAGUGAAGAGGAAAGCAAUGGCUUUUACUGCUCUCUGCUUCUGUUUCAGUUUUUCAAGUCCUGGAAGAAGGCUGGACUUAAUGUCCAUCUUCCACACCCCACAUAUAUAUAGAUAUAGAUACAGAUGCAUAUGUCUGUAGUGUGUGGGUUUCUCUAUGUGUGUAUAUAUAUAUAUAUAUAUGUACAUUGAGGCAAAGUGCUGUUGCUCUCUGUGGUCAGUGGAGGCAGGAGGAGGAGGGCAGCGGCCAGCUGGGGUUUGCGAGCAGGGCUGGCUGCACCUUGGCCAGGUGCCUGACAUCUGUCUUGGGGGAUUCUUUCUCCCAAAACAAGAUCCGUGUCUCUCCGCUGAAUUCUCCGUGUGUCUUCUACCUUCUCCCACCCAGAGCAGAAAUGGGGCCUUGCUGUGAUUACCGGCUGCCUUCCAUGGGGGUUCAGUAAUGAGUUACUGCAGAACUAAAUUCAAGCCUUUGUUUCUUGGUUCCUGGGUGAAGAAGGGGUGGCCAGGCUCCUAGACCUGCAUCUUUCUUCCUUCCAGCGUGGCUCACGCUGCAGAAGUAGAGGCUAACUCAGCCGCGGGGCUGAAGCAAGCCUCUGGUGCGCAUGUCCAGCGCAUCCGUCGGCACCCUUCCGCCCAGCCAGGCCGUGAGCUCUGUGGCCAAAGUCUCCCCCACUGCGGAGCCACCUGUGCUAGCGCCAAGCUGCCGGCUCUAUUUAUACCGUCCCCGGCUCAGCACUCUGUGCAGCGCUGUUCCACAGCGGCUGAUUGGAUCCUCCUUUGCUUUUGUGGGAGCUAAUUCUCCAGAUUGAUUAAUUACCACUUGUGCGGAGCCGCCUGUGGCUUUCCCGCACUCACCACGUGCUGCCUGCCGACUCUUCUCUGCCCCGGGGCCUUCGUCCUCCGGUGGACCUGAGCUGCAGGGGGAUGGGCUCAGGUGAAGCUAGGGCGCCUCUGGCUGCUGGGGCCUGGGACGCUCUGGAUCCUGCCCUCUUUGCCCAGUUCUAUUCUGUGGCUGAGGCGUAGGAAUGAAGGCGGGAGGGGUGGUGAGUAGGGUCUGGGCACUGACUCUUCCUCUGCCAAAGUCUGGUCCUGGUUCAAACUCGUAGCAUCCAGAAGCUUCCUGAGAUCAUCUUCCCACUAAGAUGUCUCUCUGCCGGUAAGAUAUGGUGCUGCCCAAGGGCAGGGCAGAAGGCCCCGAGGGCGGGGUGGAGGGGAGAUCUGCCCCUCCCCCACUCUUGUGUAGGAGCCCCCCUUCUGGCUUGGCUUAGAAUGAAGGUUCCUUGAAGUAUUUCCUUCUUGGUGCUGCUGUCUUGGUGGGUUUGGGGGCACCCACCUCUCCCGAGUUCCCUGCUUGGACGUGAGCCACGGCAGCAUUGGACGGCUUCUGCUGGUCUCACGCAGCUGCCAUGGGCUUGGCCCAGUGACCUCGCAGGAUGAGGCCUUGGAUGGCUGCUGUCUCUUCUUGGCGUUUCCAUCUUAGGGGAUGGACUUCUUCUGUGCCACACCGGCCCUGGUCCUUCCUUUCACCCAGGGAGCUGAGGACCAGCUCCACCCUUGAGGUUUACCGUGCAAGUAACACGACCGCAGUUCCUUUCUGAACACAUCUGAAGGGGUCAUGGUGAGAGAGGCACGCAGGGGCUUCUGAGACUGGGCCGUGCACCCUUGGGGUGGAAUCUGGGCCUUCCGGUUGAUGUGCUUCUCUGGGGCGUCGGAAUCCACUUGACCGCUGGGCACCAGCUCUGCGAGAUGGAAGAGCACACAACUCUUUGUGUUCUUUUUUCCAGGUAGCACACCCUCUGCCCCCGCGUCGUGAUGUGCUGCUCACUUGGGCGUCUCUCCUUGGGGAUGACGGGAGCCGGCUUACCUGAGGUGUUGGGGUGGGAGGUGGGGGCUUACCGCAAGCUGACGUGCAGCCUUUGUGCACUGGCAGUGUGAGAUUUCUACCCCAGAGGAGCUCACGGGGCUCAGCCAGGCCCUGGGAUGCACUGGGAUGUGGGCAUCAGGCUGUCAGCCUUCAGGAUGAAUUUGGCCUACUUUUCUGAGCACCCUCCUGGGAAUUCCAGCCCUCAGGUUAGAAAAGAAGAGGAGAUGAUGAGGUAGAAGGCUUUGCUUCUUUCGGAUGUCAUGAGAGGCUGAGAUGCUCAGGCCGUGGCUGUGCCUUCCAGGGCACCCCCGUGCUAACCCAGGUGCUGACUCCUCCUCCGCUUCCUCUGGCAGUGCCCAUGACCUCAGCACGUAGACCCAACGCGGGGAGCCGUGCUUUUCGCUGGUCACCGAGUGGCUGCUGUGCUGUGGCUUCCCUGGCUAGGGCAAGGACGUCAGGUCUGCCCAUCUCUCAGUGGCCUGCCACUCAUUCAGCUCCCCUGAGGGCUUCCUCCUGUGACAGUGUCCUCGGAGGCCAGCAGCCCUCCUGCAGCCCGUGGACGGCGAUGGGAUUGGUGGAACGCAGUUCCCUCCGUGGAUAGAGGGCGAAGAUGUCACAGGCACAAGUUUAGGUGCUGGGUAUAGGCAUGUGUGACAGCGUGGUUGUAAGCAUGUGGGUGAUGGGGGUGUAACCACCUCUAGGGACCAGUGUCCUUCAUAGUCUGCCUCUGAACAAUGGCAGUGACUACUGAUCAGCUUCUUAGGACUUCGGCACUCACUCUGUAGGAGAUCGCGCCUUCCAAACUUCCCCUUUUACGGUCUGGCGGUCUUGCAGUAGACACGACUCAGAUGUAAACCUGCUUCUGUGUCUCAGAUGUCUGUCUGCCUCUUCAGCAUCGUGGCUGAGAACUGUGGCUGUUGUAGUGUCAGGUGACCCACAGACCAGGAAGAGGGGGAAACGGUUCUUAGCGGGGCCUGGACAACUGCAUUUGCGUGGGGAGAGAAGAUGUACGACGAGGCAGAGAGGCGAAGCCUGUCUCGAUUUGCUGGUGGGCUGCCGUGGGCUCCCACCCGGUGCUGAGCGGGGUCCUGUGCUGGAUUGUUGGGGUGGCUCUGGGCCCAGCAUCUGGGAGUGGCCCUGCCUGCUGCCAGUCUGCCUCUAAGCAGCUUCCCUGGAGAGACUGGGGGUAGGACAGGCCUUUUGAGAUCCUGCUUUCUUAGCAGGAAGGACGCCUUUUUCCCAGCAGGCUGGCGGGGUCUGUGCCCUCCUUGGAGGUGCUUAGUCCCACAACCAUGCGCUUGCGGGAAGACUGAAGCCGGGUGGAUUGAGCCGAGUAUUUCUUGUUAUUUUUCCAUGCUCUCUGUCUUUAUUUUUGAUUUGUGAUCUAAAAUAUUUGGGGUUGAACUGUUUUAAUUUAUUCCUCUGCCCUUUUUGUGCCGAGGAAACUGGGGUAAGGUUCAAAUGUGAAAUUUUCUGAUUUUAUUUGGGGUGGGGGACAAGGUUGACGAAACAGUAGCUUCUAGGGAGAAACAGAUUUCACGGAGCCUCCAGCAUCUUUGGCACUGCCCACGAUCUGAAUCUCCAGGGCUGAAGACUGCGUGGCUGGAAUCUGUUUCUUCCCAUUUUGUUAGCAAAAGCCUUUUCCAGGCUUGGGGGUGGGGUGGGGGAAGAAUUGUACAUAAAGUACAUUUUAUUAAUCUGUAGAGAAACCUAGGAAAAGAAAAGCUAAUGGUUAAUCUUGGGCUUGCUUUGCUUGCAUGUAAAGGAGCUUUGGGGGCACUGCAGGGAUGGUUGGGGAGCUGCAGGAAGGGGCAGAGGGUGGAGCCGAGCGGGUCAUGGAAGGCUCUGUUGAGUCCAACCUCUGUGGUACUCUAGGAGCUGUGCACAUUCCCACUGGGGCUUCUAACCCAGCCCUGCCUGGGUAUCUUCUUCAGAUAAAGUGGAUCUAGUAGGCAGUGUGUAGAGCCCCAUGUGGCUGUGUGUGUUGCUUUAGGGAGAGGGCCAAAGAGGUGCCUUAUUGGCCAGCUCUAGAUUGACUAGGGUAAUGGAUGGGGCACUGGUGUUUCAGGAGGGGGAGUUGGAGAACUGGAGGGUGGAGGGGAGGCCUGUGUGCUUUGCCAGGUGUUGGUGAGGCUGGAAGGGGCACAGAGGGUGAGGUCAGGCAUGGGUUAGGAUGGUGAGACCACCCCAGGGGACACCAAGCCUCAGCAUCUCUUUGAGUCAUGUGAUAACUUAGUUACUUGUAAGGGUGCAGGGUACACACUGGGGGAUCAUCCCAAGAUGACGAAGAAUGAUUGCCUGGUGGGCAUCUGGCUGGGGAGUGGUGGCCAUGCAGGGCAUGUGGGAGGGGGAUCUGGGCAUCAGGGACGGAUUGUGGGGUGGGGUCCUGCAUGUGAACGCAGACUGGAUCUUGGGAGAGGUCUUGCUUCUUAGCUAGAUCUUCCUUGCUUCUUCUAGAAUUAGCCUCUAACACUAAGUGCCCAAACCAAACAUGGACAUCUUCUUUAUAUUGUAUUUCAACUUCAUUUGUUUUGGGGGCUCCUCAGGUCCAAAGCUGAGAAACUUGUCUUGAGAUGCCCAUCCUAUCACCAGCUCUUCAUCAGUGGAGAAGGAAGUGCCAUUCUCGUUUUCCUAAGCUGCAGUGGUGGGUUGCCUCUCCGUCCACAAUCUGAAAAUGUUCAUGGGCCUUGGUGAUGGCGAUGGUGAUAGAGAGGGGGACCUGGAGCCUGACGUGCCUUCAUCCCCCUUUCCUCUUGAGGUAGAGAGGCUUCCUUCAGGCCAUGAAGUUGCACAGUGGCUUCGUGAGGCCUUCUCUUUACUUUCUCUUCUUUUGAUAGGCUAAAGUCACUAGUCUGUGGUGGAGGUGGGAGGGCAAAAGAGUUUCACCUGAAACUCUUGGCUUGACCAGCCAUUCUUCUCUCUUAAAUGUCUCCAGCUCUGCUUCUUUUUAGAUUAAGAGGCAGAAUGAAAAAUCUCUUCUUUAGAAGAAGUCAGUAAACCAAGGAUCAAAGCCCAGAUUGGACUUUCGCACUCUUACCAGCUUGCUGUUUGGCUAGGGGUACCAAUCACCACCCUUCCCUCUGACUGCGAGUGAAUCCACACUGGUUCAGAGCCUUAUUUCUGGGUUCCUGUCUGUACUCUCAAAACCUUCUUUCAGGAGCAAGUAUAAUAACCCCACCAGAUGUUCUGUGUGUUGGGUUGCCGAGAAGGUGGAAGUUUUUUUCAACCUCAUUUUAAGCUGUUAGAAAAACACUCAGUAGAUUGAAUUUGGUCCAAAGACACCACCAUCCCCUGAGGGAUCCCAUGUAGGAUAAGGACAAAUGAAGCAUCCGUACAGGGGUCAUUAAUGGCUGCUCACAUCUUAGAGAAGGAAGAGUCUGGGUAUCUUGGUUGCCAUAUACUCUGGUGGAACAGUGGCCAGUCAUUAAAAUCACAUGGGUGUUGUCUUCUGCGGUGUAGAAGACAGUAGUAGUAGUUAGGGUUUCGGACGAGAGCUGGUGAAAAGCUACCAGCUUUGGAGCCCUGGCUGGGAGAGCUAGAUUGGACAGUUUUAACCCCGUGGCUCAAAUGCUCAGCUCCUGUCACUGGUCCUUGGUUGUCACCAUUCCCAUCACACUAGAUGGGGACGUGAAUGGCUGCCUGGGCCUGCCUUUCUUUGGGGUCUUGAAGAAGUGUGCUCCACCAAUCCUACCUCUCUGUGGCACUGGAUUUCCUGGAUUUAUUUUGCGAACUAGGGCAGAUUCUCCCUCGCCCCCCUGUAUACACACCAGUUAGCUUCCCUUCCCUUUUCCUUUCCCCACUUCUGUAUGGCUCCAGGGAUCGUGAACAUGUGCGUGGUUUACGAUGGGGAGGUGGUGGGAGGGGCAGGGAAUCUCGGAGGGCAGGGGGUUGGGCUGGGGAGGGGACUUGCAUUUUCGGCCUUAGAAAUGCUGCGGGCAUGCACGUGUGGGGUUUUCACAUAAGCCAUGGGAAGGGCGAGUGCCCAGCCCUCCUCACACUGGUGGUAGAACCCAGGGCUUUGGCCUCCUUUUGGCAUAGUGGUCUAUGAAGCUGCAUUUCUGGUGGAGGGAUGGGCCUCCUCACGGUCAUCUUGCAGUUCUUGAAAGGGUAGUUGUCAGCCACUCUAUCAAUGAGGUUUUAUAUGGCCUCCCAUGAACAACGAGAGGUGUGCCAUGGCCGACGGUGUCCUGGCAGGGCUGGAGAAGGGAUUGUCUCAUGUGUCCUUCUGCAGGCACCAGGUUGUCCCCCUGGUCUCUAACCCCCAGCCAGCUGUCUAGUCCAGUGUUUCUUUUCUGGAUUCAGGAAGUAAGUGGGGUGUGUGUGUGUGUGUGGGGUGUGUGUGUGUAUGUGGUGUGUGUGGUAUAUGUGUGUGGUGUGCAUGUCUGUGUGUGGUGUGCAUGUCUGGUGUGUGUGUGUGUUGUGUGUGGUGUGUGUAUCUGUGUGUAGUGUGUGUGUGGUGUGCGUGUGUGUGGUGUGUCUGGGUGGUGUGUGUGGUGUGGUGUGUGUAUUGUGUGUGUUAUGUGUUGUGCGUAUUGUGUGGUGUGUUGUGUGUGGUGUGUCUAUUGUGUGGUUGUGUAUGUGUGGGGUGUGUGUGGUAUGGUGUGUGUGUAUCUGGUGUGCGUGUAUGUGUGAUGGGUCUGGUGUGCGUGUGUGUGAUGCAGUGUGUGUGGUGUGUGUUGAGUGUGGUUUGGUGUGUGUGUUAUGUUGCGUGUGGUGUAUGCUUGGUGUGGUGUGUCUGGUGUGUUUGGUGUGUAUGUGGUGUGUGUGGUGUGUCUGGUGUGUUUGGUGUGGUACAUGUACUGUGUGUGGUGUGUGUGUGUGCUAUGUGUUUUGUGUAUUGUAUGUGGUGUGUUAUUGUGUGUGGUAUGUGUGUAUUGUGUGUGGGUGUGGUGUGUGGUAUGGUGUGUGUAUGUCUGGUGUGUGUGUGUGUGAUGUGUCUGGUGUGCGUGUGUGUGAUGCGGUGUGCAUGUGUGUGAUGCGGUGUGUGUGUGUUGUGUGGUUUGGUGUGUGUUGUAUUGUGUGUGGUGUGCUGUGUGUGUGUUUGUGUGUGGUGCGUGUGUGGUGUGUGUGUGGUGUGUGUGUGUGUGUGGUGUGUCUGUUGUGUGUGGUGUGUGUGAGAGAGAUUUGUACAGACAUGCUGAUUUGCCUGCGUAGCGUCAGGCCCAGGAGACCCUCCUUUGUUUGGCUCUUUUGCUAGACAACUUCUGUUUGGGUAGGAGGGUCAAAUUAGUAAUGCACCAUCUUUAAUGUAUUUUUUAUGGAGACUGUACAUAAAAUUAUAUAAAUCUACAGAAUUGGUUCUAUUUUAAGGAGAGAGGGGAAUGUAUGUGGGAGGCAAGGAUCAGAUGCAAUCGUGGAGACUGGGAGCUUCGGGCGAGUGGCACUCGUGGGGUGUGGGGAGCGGGAGGGCAAGAGAUGAGUGCCGGGCAAGAUGGGCAGGGGCCCGUGCCCUCUGCACACAUAUAUAAAUAUAAAGAACACCUAGAUAAAGUCUAUAUAUCUCUAUAUCUAUAUGAAGUCAUAGUUUGCUUUAUUUUUGUACCUGUGCUUAGAGAUGUUUUGAGCAGUGCUACCUUCCCAGGCAGUCUGGGAUACUAGCUCAUGCCUUGACGCCACCUCCUUCCCUGCUCUUCCUUUGGUAUUCUCUCUGUUCAGAGUUGCUUGGGUCUUUCUGAUGGAAAUGUGUAUAUACGAAAAGUUUGUAAAAUAACAAAACAAAUAACCCACCUGCAGGAAGGACAAGUGAGCUGAAGGUUGUGUGGAGCUGCGGGAUCUGAUAGCCCUGAAGAACCACGACCAGUGUGUCUCUUGCCACUUGGGAGGGAUGUUGACUUGAACUUCUUUGCAGAGGGGCUUAACAGGGCAAGGCUGAGGAGAUGAAAACUGACUCCGUCCCCACGUGGCUGUGGAAAGGUAACCAGUUCCUCAGAGAAAACCUGGCUUCACUGCAUUAGAAAGGGGGUGGUUGAGACUACCUAGGGACCUACGGUGACACCUGUCUUGGUUUGUAGCACUGUAGCUCAGACAGCUCAGACCGCUCAUAGAGGGCACGGCAAUGGGAGAGUUUGUGAGGCUGGCUGCCUGGGCUUGGUCUUGGAGAACACAUGGCCUGUUUAGUGUUGCUGCAGAUUCUUAGAGCCAGUGUGAAUGUGGUAUGUAGUAUAAAUAUGUCAUCUAUGUUUUUUUCAGUUAUUUUUAAUUGGAAAUAAAGUGCCAUUGCAGAUAGGAUGCUCCAAUCCUGGGACACUGAGUGGAGGAUGAGGAGGGAGAGAUGAACUGUGGGCCGGCCUGGGAGAGUGGGUCUUAGUGGAACCUUCCUUCUGGCCUCCAGCCGGGGACUUACAAAACUGAACAAUGUAUUGGCAGAACUGGACCCACAAUGGGAGAUUCUGGGGAGCAGGAGUUCACUUGUAUCUGAGCAGGAAGCAGUGUGCCCUGAAGAAUACCUCUCUGAGCAAAUUCCAGACCUCACACAUAUGCAAGGGCUCUGCCUUGCAGCCUCAGCAAGCGUCUCCUGGUGCUAGCUCCUUCCUGACUUGCCCGGAGCUCGGAGUGAUGUAUUUGAAGCCGGUGCUGGGCCAGAUGGUGCAGGCAGUGAGGAGAGACUCAGGACUGCAACCUUUCGGCUCCUUAUUCCUGCUCAUCACUCAGAAAAGGGCAGUACUAACCCCUUUCCUAACCAAGACGUGGCACUCCCUAAGAGCUCUUGUCUAUAGAGUUUGGUCCUUAGAGGAAAGCAGAUGCCUUCAGCGUGAGAAGGGCUUGGUUGACAGUUUUGGGGUAUUAUGGGAAGAGUAGGUUGGGGUAAAGCUUGAGUCUAACUCUUGAUCCUUACAUGGACCUGUGAGGCCCUGCCAUUCAGUCAGGCACUGUCCUUGGGUCCUCAAAUUAACUGCUGAGAACACUCCCCACUUUCAAGGACGCUGAUGGGAAAUGGGCUCUGUCCAUGCAGCUGGAAGGAUCCAGUGCCGGUGCCACUGUCAGUGUGUCCAUCCUUGCCUUGAAUGAUCUUUCUUGCAGGCUCCUGCAGCUGAGUGUUUCUUGUAAGAUGUUUCAGGGGGAUUGGGCAAGAAGAAGAAGUGCAAGUUCUGUUCCCUUCCCACCUUGAAGCCUUCCCAGGCCUCCACGGUCUCUGCACAAGGGAGGCUCCCAUUACCGUUCUGUUGGCUCCUAAACCCACCAUCCCCUCUCUUUCUGUGGACUCUGCCUGACUUCUGGCCACAUGCAACCAGCAGAGUAAACUGCUCCAGCACCACGGGCAUGUCCUCGGGCUUGCCCUCCCACCAGGGCCAGCCCAAGAGUAGGUCCUCAGCAGCAUCAAGGUCUGGGAGAGCCACUGGCCCACAUGUCACCAUUUUAUUCCUCAGCCUCCAACGGGACUCUUCAUUUUGGGGAGGGAAAGGGAAGAUGGGGCCAUAGCCCCUACCUUGAAAUUGUACAGUGUGGAGGGGAUGUUAGUGCCUACCUGUGACCUUUCUGCUCCACUGCUCAGCAAGAUGAGGUAAGGGUGGGUGUCAGAGGGGACCUCCAGCUUCUCUGAAGAGCCAGCCCUUAAGGCACUUGGAGCAAAGGUCACUGAGAUCAGCUUUAUGUGGAGUAAGGAGGAGGGCUGGGAACUGCUUGUGGCAUCAGUUGGGGUGACAGGUGGAUGAGUGUGCUCCGAUGGAGCUUUUACGGCCCACAGCCACUGCCAGGAGCCUGAGCUCUUCCCCAUGCUUGGGACACGUUCCUUGGUCCCCACAGCAGAAAGGACAUUGAAUUUUGGUGCUUUUCCCUUUUGGUAGAAGGUGGAGGUAUCUGAGGAGUUGUUUCUGUCUUGCUACCUCUGUCUACUAUAUAGAGCAACAGUCGGGAAUAGGGAGAUGUGUGAGAAUCACUCUCCCAUGGAUCAGUGUGGGCCCUGUCCCUCUUCCCCACUGUCACCAACCAGCAGCUUGGGGAAGAGGCUCUGUCGUGGAUUUUUGCUGCGCGCUUCCCGCUUCCACUCUUCUUGGCGGUAGAUGUUCAUGUUGAUCCACUUUGGGCGGUCUGAAAGUAGGAGGUGGGGGAAGAGGCAAGCCUGCACAGCACACUUCCUGUCCACAGGGGGUUGCCUGUGGCAUUGGAGGGUGGAGUCUCAGAGUCCAGGGACUGGGAGGAAGGUACUUGUUGGGAUGGUCUUGAUUCAGGAACUUUAGACUGAGGUGUUAGAAAGGGGAAUUGUUGGCUACGGGAGAAGAGCAGUUUAACGCUCCACUUGCUAAGGCGUCUGUAUCAGUGUCAGAAGGUCUUGACCUCCCGUUCGGAUUUAAUUUCCUAACUGCCAGGUGUGGGGCUGGGGAUAGAGGGCCCAGAAGGGGGCGCAGUCACUGACGUGAAGGGACCACAUCCCGCUUCAUGUCAGCGACUCCUGCCCCUUGGUCUUCAGUGUUUUUCUCUUCCCCAGGAGGGACUUUGAUUAUGCAGGAUAGAAUUCUCCCAUCGCACACCUGGGGGCAAGUUUUAGAUGAGCUUCUUUCCUCCAUUUCACCCGGUGGUCUGAGGACACACAGAGGGUGGGGGUGAGCAGGCAGUGUGGGUGGGGAGGGGCUACCUCCCCCAGACCCCUUACAAACUCUGUACCUCUCGGUGCGUGGCAGCCUCUUGCUGUAGUUCUUUUCUGGAUAUGACUGUCAGUUUCGUCAUGAGAUUUCUUGCUCUCAUUUCGAACUCUUUCUUUCUUCCACUUUCUUUGGGGGUGACCCCCGAUCCAUGCCAGGUCUUCCUGUGAAGACCAUUCCAACCUCGUUUCCAUUUCUUGAAUGUUGAGUAUUACAACAUCACUGCGCUAGGGUGCUUCAUGGUGCUGUUCUCGAAGAGGCCAGUUGGGCUGAAUCUCCUUCCUCCCACUGGCUCCUGAUAUCUUGCUGUAUUUUGUCUUCUUUCUGAUUUUUCCCUAGGGGUUUGGGGUGGGUGACUUAGGGGCGGCUUUUGUGUUCUCCCUCUCUCUCUCUUUCUUUUCUGUAUGUAUGUAUGGACUGGUUAAAGUGAGUUUGGGCAGCUGACUUUAUGGUAUGGGUUGGCUGACUUUUGUUCAACAUUAAAGACAAACCAACAAAUUGUACAGCUGCACACAGAACACCUUUGAGUGUGAACUUGAAUGGCAACUAGAGGCUUACUUUUUGAACUUCAGGUAUGUAACUCAAAAGUAAAUAAAAACACUAUUUUUUCAGUAAGCUUUUUUUUUCUUCUAAAAGAUGACUUAGAAAUCAAACUAUAAGAACCUGAAAUCGGUGCUGUACCAAAGCCUUAUGUGAACAUAUUCUACACUCUGUAUAACCUGUCUCUGAGGAGCUCCCUGCUCUAUCACCCUCUUCUCAAAAGCCUGGGAAUGCCAGCGCGUGCCAAGCCUGGGGCUGGGUCUUGGGGACCUGUGGGCCAAGGGCACCCUGGGAAGUAAAAGAUGACAGUGAGGAUGGGACACCCUUCUGCCGCCUGAGCAGACUGCAAGGAAACCAGAUGUGUGUGUGUGCGCGCACCUGCAUAUAUAUGUGUGCAUACCUGUGCGUGUGUGUGCGUGUGCGUGUGUGCACGCAAGAGAGCGAGAGCGGGAGAGAGCUCACAGGUGCACAGUGUCAUGGUGAAUGUACUAAGUACGAGCUUGAAGGGAGGCCCAGGUUGGCUCUGGGAGUGGGGCGGUGUGGGAAUGAAGGGGGGAUGCUCUCUCCCCUGUUUUCUGCCUCCUUCCCUUCUCCGUCAGGGAAGGGAGGUGUAUUGGAAACAGCUACACUCUCAAUCAGGUGCUUUUUUUCCCUCAAAAUCUCCAAACUCAAAGCAUUUAUAAGGGGCCCUUCCAAUGGGCAAGCACCCCCAGCCACCAAAUCUCAGACUUCCAAGAGUAGGAGGAACUUUCUCCUCCCUAACCCUUCCUUGGUUUCCUGGGGAAGAGGGUUCUUCCUGCAGGGACCCUGGGCAUCCUGCUCCUGGGCCUGGGCCUAUAGACUGCCCUGCCCCUUCUUCCCAAACACUGAGAAGACCCCGCUGGAGAUGACCCCAAAGCCACGCCUGCUCUACGGCCCUAAGCAAUAGACGCCUGCCCUGGCUGCUGCUGAUGGUGAUCCCUUUGUCCUUUGACUUGGCAGUCAAAAAUGGAGUGACACCCCAGACUCAGUCAGGAAGAGAACCUGCGGCCUGCCUCAGCUCAGGCCACCACGCCAGGCUCCACUCGCUGGUAUUUCCAGGCUUGCUAAAUACUAACCAACUCAUCCCCAGUAACACUGCAUGUUCAUAUCCUGAAUUACAAAUCAAAAUGCAUAAGCAAACGAGAAUAAAGAAGGCACACAUCAAAUGACGAGAUGUGCAGCCAGUGCAGGUACCCCGGGAGUGUUGCAAGUUAAACUGAUGAAAAGACGUUUAGUAUUUAAUUGCUCCUCAUGUAACAUUACUCUGCUUCAGAAAUGUUUUGUAUUUUGAUAUAAAUAAACAUUUGCUAAAAAAGUU